AUCGCGCCGUGCCCUCCACGUCUACAUCACCACGGGUACGCGAUGGCUGAUGGUACCAUCGUUCGGCAGAAGAAGGACAAGGAUGGUGGUGGUGAUGCCGCCCAGUCGCUGAUUCGCAAGCUCACAACGGAGAAAGCCGUCAAAGCCCAUCGCCAGGAAACACAGCAGACGUCUAUCACGGAGGACGACAUCACGAACGUCAAGCUCACCUCGAGGGGUAUCAAGACCAUAGAGAGCCUCGAACUACCUUCCCUGAGGCGACUAGACCUGUCCAAGAACAGCUUGAACCGUCUCAAGGGUCUGCAAGGGUGCCCGCAGGUCACGUAUCUCACCGCAGCCAGCAACGAGCUGACAGGCGACGGCUUGGACGGAGUGCGGCCGCUCAAGGACUUGAAGGUGUUCAACGCCUCGGGAAAUCGCGUGCGGCGUAUUCCCCCCGCGGUGUUCGCCCAGUUUCGACAGUUGCAGGCACUGGUGCUAAGCGACAACGAGAUCUCCGAGGUCCCGCCGACGUGGCUGAAGCAGGGACUCCUUUCCCUUAACACGCUUGUGCUCAGCCACAACAAGCUCAAGUCUCUGUCGGGGACCGGGCUCGGCCGCCUGACGGCGCUCACGAAGCUCUCCAUCUCCUACAACACUCUCGUCGAGCUGCCCGACCUCUCGGCAUGCAGCGGGCUUGAAGAGCUCCGAGCGGCGCACAACAUCGUCACUCAGGUCCCCGCGUCCCUGAGCAAGAACGCCGCCUUGCGCACGCUCGAUCUCGGCCACAACCGCAUCGACGACUGGGUCGGGCUGGAGCGCCUGGGGAAGUCGCUCAAGUCUCUCAUGCAGCUCUCGCUGUCCGGGAACCCGAUCUGCGGCGCAGCCGCCGCUGCCGAAAAGAGUGGAACAGGGGAAGAAGAUGGAGAGGAAGGUUAUGUGGCAAAGGUCCGGUCUCUGUUUCCUGGCCUCAAGCGCGGGGGCGAGCAAGGCGCCGGCGCCGGCGCCGGCGGAGGUAGGAAAGACUCGGCGUUGCGCGGAACAACACCGGGGACCGGUGGUAAGAGAGCUCCAGGCAGCGGGACAAAGGCACGGCCCGUCAAGAGUGACGGGGUCGAUGGAGGAGGGGGUGACAAGUCCGGCGAUCGUGAGGGCGGCCAGCUUGUCUCCAGAAAACCGAAGGAAGAAAGCUCGAGGCCCAAGGAGAUGCGCGUUGGCCAGCAGGGGCAGGGUUCAGGAGCAUCAUCUGCGAACAUGGACGAGGAAGGUGCGGGAACGAGCAAAGAAGAACGGAAACGGAAGAGGAAGGCCGCUCGAAAGGCUGCAGCGGAGGAAGCACAGACAGAGGCGGCGGCUGCGAUUCCGAACAAGCAGGACAGAAACACUAAAAAACGUCGAAGACGGGAAGAGGAGGAGGGGAGAGAGCGUUCGGGUUCUUCGCCCGUCGAAGAGGCCGCCGCCGCGGCUCCUUCCGAGAGUGCCGACAAGCUUACCAAGAAGCAGCGGCGUCGCCGGCGUGAGGAAGGCACCACAGCAGUUGAGACGAUCGCCGCAGCAGGUGCCGCCACCACGGUAGUGAGCAAGAAAAAAAAAAAGACGGCAACGUCCGGCGGCGAGGGUGGUCGCGCCCAACAGCAGGAGGACCCCUACUCUUCCUCCGAAGAACUCCCGAUUCCUGGGAGAGGGGACGGCGGCGAUAGCCUGGCGCGGGAAGAACCCGCCGCAAAACGGGCGGCAGAUGCCGCGGUCCCAGUCCGAGAAUCAGGGGUGGUGAGCGUGGUGAUCAACACGAAGCGGAAGGGUGCGAAGGCGAAGGCGCGGCAAGACAGCAGCGCUGCUGGCAGGCCGGGGGGUGGGGGGGGGCUGGGUGGUUUCAGCGUUGGCGCUAUGCUUGAGGCUCGCGGCCAGAAGGAGACGAUCGGGUUGGGGUCCCGCGUGUCAGCGUGGGACUGA